CUGAUGGCAGCGCACACAGAGAGCAGCUGUGUAGAGUCACGCACAGGGCAGCGCGUGUUUACAGAGAGACCAUGUGAGGGAAACCCCAGCUCUUAGGGAAGCCUGGAUCUGACCUGCGUGUGCAGGGUUAAUCAAGCGCGAGCAUUUCAUGCUGCUAGAGAAUUCUGGGAACUUGUCUGUCGUUUGCCGAAAUUGCCGCAAAAGGUCUCGUGGGCUGGCGGGCGGGCGGACGUGCUCUGCUCUCCUGCUUCGACUGAUGGCUGAUCAAGUGCUUGUGAUUGGUGGUGGAGGCAGAGAACAUGCCCUGGCCUGGAAAUUAGCACAGUCACCACAUAUAAAACAAGUGCUAGUCGCUCCAGGAAAUGCAGGAACAGCCAAUAAUGGAAAAAUUUCAAAUUCAGCCAUCUCAAUCAGUAAUCAUGCCGCUCUUGUCCAGUUCUGCAAAGACAAUGAGAUCAAACUUGUGGUGGUUGGCCCAGAAGUUCCUCUUGCUGCUGGCAUUGUUGAUGACUUGACAGGAGCUGGGGUAAGAUGUUUUGGUCCUACAGCAAAGGCAGCUCAGCUAGAGUCCAGUAAGAGUUUUUGUAAAGCCUUUCUGGACCGGCAUGGGAUCCCCACUGCAAGAUGGAAAGCAUUCACCAAUCCUAAAGAAGCUUGUAGCUUUAUUACCAGCGCGGACUUUCCUGCCCUGGUUGUAAAAGCUAGUGGUCUGGCUGCUGGCAAAGGAGUAAUUGUGGCUACUAACAAAGAGGGAGCCUGCAAAGCUGUGCAUGAAAUCAUGCAGGAUAAGACUUUUGGAGCAGCUGGGGAAACUGUUGUUGUUGAAGAACUUCUUGUGGGAGAAGAGGUUUCUUGCUUGUGCUUCACUGAUGGUGUCACUGUUGCCCCCAUGCCACCAGCCCAGGAUCACAAACGGUUAAUGGAUGGAGACCAGGGCCCAAACACUGGAGGGAUGGGAGCUUAUUGCCCAGCACCACAGAUUUCCAAAGAUUUGCUCCUGAAAAUCAGAGAUACUGUUCUUCAGAAAACAGUUGAUGGGAUGAAAGAAGAGGGUGUCCCUUAUAUUGGUGUGCUAUAUGCUGGAUUAAUGCUUACCAGUGAUGGGCCUAAGGUUCUCGAGUUUAAUUGCAGGUUUGGUGACCCAGAAUGUCAGGUAAUUCUUCCAUUAUUGAAGAGUGAUUUGUAUGAAGUUAUACAAGCAACGAUCAAUAGAAAGCUGUCUAGUUCCAUGCCUGUUUGGUCUGAAGACAGUGCAGCCAUGACUGUGGUCAUGGCUAGUGAAGGUUAUCCAGGAAACUAUGCCAAGGGCUUGGAAAUAACAGGAUUUUCUAAGGCUAAAGAACUAGGGCUGGAGGUGUUCCAUGCAGGCACGGCAGUAAAGGAUGGCAAAGUAGUGACUAAUGGUGGAAGAGUCCUUACGGUAACGGCUGUCAAGAAGGAUCUGAUGGCAGCACUGGAAGAAGCCAACAAAGGAGUAGCAGCCAUACACUUCAAGGGUGCCAUUUACAGACAGGACAUUGGUUAUCGGGCUAUAGCUUUCCUCAGCAAUUCCAGAGGCCUGACUUACAAAAACAGUGGGGUGGACAUCGCAGCUGGCAAUACCUUGGUUCAGAAAAUUAAACCCUUAGCAGCAGCCACCUCAAGGCCAGGCUGCAAUGCAGAGCUCGGAGGAUUUGCUGGUCUCUUUGACUUGAAAGCAGCUGGUUACAAAGAUCCUAUCUUGGUGUCUGGAACUGAUGGUGUUGGAACAAAACUCAAGAUUGCACAGAUGUGUAAGAAACAUGACACCAUUGGCCAGGACUUGGUUGCCAUGUGUGUCAAUGACAUCCUGGCUCAGGGAGCAGAGCCCCUCUUCUUCCUCGACUAUUUUGCCUGUGGGAAACUUGACGCUGAAGUGGCUCAAGCAGUCAUAGCGGGCAUAGCUGCAGCUUGUACAAAGGCAGGAUGCGCUCUCUUGGGAGGAGAGACUGCUGAAAUGCCUGGCAUGUAUCUGCCUGGGGAGUACGACCUCGCUGGCUUUGCAGUUGGUGCCGUGGAACAAGGACAGAUGCUCCCCCAACUGGAGAGAGUUGCUGAUGGGGAUGUUGUCAUUGGAAUAGCUUCCUCUGGGGUUCACAGCAAUGGGUUUAGCCUUGUAAGGAAGAUUGUAGAAAAGUCGUCUUUAGAUUUCACUUCUCCGUCAGUUGUUGGUGGCUCUGGUGACCAGACGUUAGGGGAACUAUUGUUAACCCCAACUAAAAUCUACAGUAAAACUCUGUUGCCUGUCCUUCGUUCAGGGCGUGUUAAAGCCUACGCCCACAUCACUGGAGGAGGUCUGUUGGAAAAUAUCCCCCGAGUUCUCCCAGAAUCAUUUGGUGUAGUCUUAGAUGCUCACAGUUGGCAGAUACCUGAAAUCUUCUCUUGGCUUCAAAAAGAGGGAAACCUCUCAGAAGAGGAGAUGGCCCGAACAUUUAAUUGCGGGAUCGGCGCCGUCUUGGUGGUAGAGAAGGCACUGGCUCAGCAGGUUCUGAAAGACGUACAGAGACACGAGGAAGCCUGGCUGAUUGGGAAAGUCAUUUCCCGACAUACAGAAUCUGCCCAUGUUGAAGUCAAUAAUCUGCUUCAAGCCUUACAAGCAAAUAGGUUACAGUUUUUGCACAACUAUAUCCAAGGCGAAACCCAAACAAGCAAAGUGAAGGUGGCUGUUCUCAUCUCUGGAACAGGCACAAACCUUGAAGCCCUAAUAACCAGCACAAAAAAGCCAACCAGCUAUGCACAGAUAGUCCUCGUCAUUUCUAACAAGUCAGGCGUGGAAGGGUUAAGAAGAGCUGAAAGAGCUGGUAUUCCUACGAAAGUAAUUGACCAUAAAUUGUAUGGAAGUCGCACAGAAUUUGAUAAUGCGGUUGAUAAAGUCCUUGAAGAAUUCUCAGUUGAACUGAUCUGUCUUGCAGGAUUUAUGCGGAUUUUGUCUGGUCCCUUUGUCAAAAAGUGGGAUGGAAAAAUACUGAAUAUUCAUCCAUCUUUACUACCGUCUUUUAAAGGAGCAAAUGCCCAUAAAUUGGUAUUACAAGCUGGAGUCCGAAUCAGUGGCUGUACUGUGCACUUUGUAGCUGAGGAAGUUGAUGCCGGAGCUAUAAUUUUUCAAGAGGCAGUUCCUGUGAAGAUUGGAGACACAGAGGAGACCUUGUCAGAAAGAGUAAAAGAAGCAGAGCACAGAGCCUUCCCUGCUGCCUUGGAACUGGUGGCCAGUAAGGCAGCAUGCCUAGGAGAAAAUGGCAAGAUCUUUUGGAAUUUAGAACAGCGGAAUUGAGAAAACUCUUGGCUGUAGUGAUGGACCAACAACAAUAAUCCAGAGGGCAGAAUUUAGCAAUCACACAGUUACUUUUAUUCUGUUCAUAGAGUGUUUUUUAGUGUAACAUUUCCCAUGGCAUUCCAGCAGGAUCUCCAAAUUCCCUCUAGUGCUAUUGCUCCAAAGUAAAGGCAGAGAGAGCCAAAAAUGGGAAGGGACAGGGAUUUUAAUUUUUUUUUUUUUUUUUUUAGAAUACCAUGGUGGUAACUGAUCAACAUUGCUCUGGCCACACCAGAAGGAAGGAAGUGGCCCUCAUAACAAAAUCUUUCUUUAAAGAAAAUGUUGAAGUGGAUUUUGCUCCUGCAAAUUGUGUUUUUCAUGGAGUAUCGUACCUGGUCUGGACUCACAGUAUCAAGUAACUCCAGAGGUGUAACCUGUGAUCCAGCAGAUGCUGUACAGAAUAAAACUCCUGCUGAAUACUUACCUGUGGGUAAGUGGGUCUGGCUUUAGGGACCUCAUUUCACACCUGUAGUCCACUAGAGGUUAAGCAAGUUUAGAGUCAGAGGGUUACAACCUCCUCCCCACAGUGUAGAAUUGGGAAUGAGAUGCUUUCCAAUGCUCAUAAUCCUGUGUGAAAUUCUUUACCAGUGCUGUCAUAGCUAGAUUCAGGAAUUCUGGAAGCGUCUGUUUAAGCUAGAAUAAUAUUGAUUUAUUUAUUUUUAAUUCUCUCUACCUACCCCUCUUCCCCUCCAAAAUCGUUUGUCAUUCUCAGAAGCAUAUUUGAGUGUUUUUAUUAUGGCUGAACUCUUAUCUCUGAACAAGUCCCUCAUUUUCUUUUUAUGUUUUUAGCAGCUGCAAACGUUAGUCACUAUACAGUUUACUCAAAUCUAUUUUCCCCCACAAGCUAGAGGCACCUUCCUUCAGUUGCUCCUACAUAGUUUUAAAACAAAACAAAUCAGAAACCUCCUGUCACUAAUACACUAAGUGACACCAAAUGUUGGUUGCCAGCCUGUGUAUUGACAUUCUUUCUGCGUUAGAACAAUUUCAACUGCUCAGUUAUUUCAAAUCCAAUUCUAAUAAAGUUGAGAAAAAGCAACGUUAAAGGGACGUCAUUUAAAUAUUUUCCUUAGAUUCUUUUGCUUUCAUUAAGGGCAGAAAUGAUUUUUAAAAAUUCUGUGUUUAGAAGGGAACACUAUUGUUUCAGAUGUGGAUACACAAUGGUAGGCAGAGUAAGUGGAUAUGCAGCAAGUCUCCAACUGACAAUGGUUUUAAGUCCAUCUUAAGGGUGAUGGACAUUCUGCCUAAAUAUGCCUAGGCCUUAGGCUUAAAAAGCAAGACAAGUGGUAAAGUUUCUAAAGACCUUUCAAACUAUUGUUGAUGAUGGGCACAUUCUCCCAAAACUACAGCCUGAGCCAGGGAAAGAACUUAUAAACAAUUUGUGAAAGCAGCAUACGACUGAUCCUUUGGUUAGUAAUAAUGAUAUAAAAAUGGGGAUGGCAGAAUGAUUUAACAGAACUUUACAAGGGAGGAUAUUUACAGCCCACCUCUCCUCUCUAUAUAGUGAUGUUAAUGGAGCUUAUACAGCAUUACAGCCAAAGCAUUCACAGAAUUAUCAGUACUAGACCUGGGGAGGUUAAUCAUGCAGAUGCAGGCACUGUGGAGACAGUUUUUAAAAUAAAGCAGUCUGGGUCUCCUUUCAGAAACAGGCCACAUGAGGCCAUAUAAAGCCAGAAGGAUUGAAAAAGGUUAUCAACAGAUGUUUACUGAUGAAAUAUUCAUAGGGGAUGAAGCCUUAAUCAAGGGACGGAGGCCUGUAUAGGGGUUUAAGAUUACAAGGACAAGACCAAUUAUUUUCGGUCUCAAGAAUUACCAAAAAAGUUAAACCUGAACAAGACAGAUUUUACAGGGUUGAAAAAGUUCUAGUUGGGAAGGGGGAGGGAAAAGGGUUUCUGGUGAAAUAGUUGGGUCAGCCCCCUAAAUUUAAGAGGUGGGUGGAAACCUCAUCUCACCUCUCCGACCUUCUAGAUGUACAAGGAGAAAAGAAAAGAGCUGUGGUGACUUUUACAUCAACCCAGUGAUGCCAGUUUGGGAUUUUUCCACAAAACCCUAGUUUGAAUUUAUACAGUUUUAACUAUCUACCAGGGGUCUGGCAGGUGGGGUUAGAGGAAAUGCAAUCUGAAACAGCAUCACCAAACAAGCCUUUUGAAAUCACCUUUGGGGGCUAAGAAAGGGCAUUUCUUCCUACAAUGAGGCUAUUAAUCAUCCAUACUUGAAUUGGUGGAUUAUAUGAACAAAGCUAGGGCUAGCCAAGCUGAACAGCCAGAAGUGCUCAUGAGCUACGAUCAUAGGGGUAGAAAAGUUAGACUUAAAUCUCUUGAUGGGGCUUAUGCAUUUUCUAGCAUUGUGGAACUAGCCUAGAGUUUAGAGGAGUUGUUCCCUGGUCCUAAUGUAAAAAUAAUAAUCCCAUUUUCAUCUGACAUUAGAGGAGGGUUGUAGUCAUCCUGCAAUUCACUGUGACUAUCGUAGCACAUCUUACCCUUAUCUAGACCUGCUGGUUGCUCCCUCAAUGGCAGAUGGUGUUCAUCCAUUUUUUAUAAAGAGCUUUCAUGUCCUUUGCACGCCAGAGAAUAAAGGCACGCUGGUA